UUCCAAACGUUGCACCACAGGCGCAUACUGUAGAAUACAGAAAUACUGUAGAAUACAGAAAUCACUGUGCCAAGAAUCGGGCCAACUCCUGACCAAGCUUCUGCGUUACUGCUUGACUUUAGCCCAUCGUAACAUAUUGAUGACAAGCGUCAGAAUUCUUUCCCAGAGUUGAAGCUUAGCGAGGAGGGCCCGGAGUCUUCUGCGCUGCUUUUGUCACUGCUUGGGCUCGAUUCUUGAGAAGAGAGCGCCAACUCUAGCUGCGGAGCGAGGCGGGUGCAGUAGCUGCGACCUAGUCACCCACGACUGGCGUGUGAACCCGCCUAGCGGCUCCCGUGCCACCGUUGCCACCGUUGCCACCAGCCGUCGGCGCCAUGAGCAAGAUAACGGGGGGCAAGAAGGCGUCGGGCGUGGAUAACACGGCCCGUCGCACGUGGGACCGUGAGGAGUACCGGGCGAUAGCGGAGGAGAAGGAGAAGGAGAAGAAGGAAGCGGCCAAGGCCCGGGGGGCCAAGGACGGUGACGAUGACGACCACGAGGAGACGGCGGCGGAUAUCCGCCGCCGCAAGCGCCAGGAGCGCGACCCCCUGCAUCAGGGCCUGAUCGUGGAGCGCUCGCUGCUCAAGCAGCGCGACUAUGCCAUCGACCUCACCUCGCGACUUGGCAAGACGCAGGUGGUGGGAUUCAACACGCCGCUCAACCAGCAGGCGGGCUGGUUCUGCAACGUGUGCAACUGCGUGCUGCGCGACUCGCAGAGCUACCUCGACCACAUCAACGGCAAGUGGCACAACCGCGCUCUGGGCAUGAACAUGAAAGUGGAGAAGUCCACACUGGAGCAGGUGAAGAACAAGUUCGAGGAGCUCAAAUCCCGCAAGAGCCCGCCGCCGGACGAGUACGUGCCUGACGGCUUUGACGGCGCGGCGUCGGCGGAGGCCAAGGAGCGGGAGGAGAAGCGCGAGAAGAAGCGGCGGAAGGCGGCGGAGGCGGCGGCAGCGGGCGGCGGUGGCGGGGCGGCAGGCGGUGAGAUGGAUCCCGAGAUGAUGCAGAUGAUGGGUUUUGGCGGAUUCGGGUCAACCAAGAGGUAGACGACGGGCCAGAAAGCGGGAUUAUGGAUAAGAAUGUCGGUGGCUAUGCGACGGGAGGAGGUAGCCUUUGGAGUGGGAAAGGUGCGCGCAAGCUAUCGGAUGCCUGCCCAGGGCCCGCAUGCACUGUUGACACGAGCAUGAGGUGUGGUGUCGUUUUGGGGUAAUGGAUUGGGAAGUAGACUGGCCAGGCAUCGGAUGUGGCAUCGACAGCAGCAGAAAGGAGCAGGCGGCGCUUUCAAAGUCGCAAGCUGAUCUGGGCUUGCGCAUGUCACGUCUAAUGAGCAUGGGUGCGGGCAGGUAGAAAGGCCGCCGUGAUGAUGGUCGGGGCUUUCAAACGGUCUAAUCUGUACGCUGUGCAGCUGUGUGUAAUGCACACCGCAC